GGGAAGAACAAAGAAUGGCGGAUAAACCAUGAUACUUUUUCACGAGAAAAAGACCAUAAUAUACCAAAAGAAGCGGGAAAUACAACCAGCUGAGGGGUUUCAGUGAAAGGUAUUUUCAAACAGUGUAGUUCCUCAGCAGAGUGGUAAAAUAAGCGGAGCAGAUUAUAGCAAACUAUAGCAAAUGUUUGGACACGAUGACUCGCAGAGUGAAGUCGUCGCUUUUAAUUUUCGGUAGAAAAACAACGUAAGGAAAUGUGAAAAUGUUGAUCGAAACCCGUCCUUUGCACGGUGGUACGUUCUUUUGUGCCUAUGAAUAACUAAAUUUGUUUGUCUUAUCUAAUGGUUGUGAUAAAAGCCAGAUUAUUGUGCUCCGAAUCCAUCGCAUUGACUUUCAGUGACAGUGAAUGUCAGUUGUAAUGUGAGAAAACAAAGGGUAGGGCAUUUGAAACUGGGGGCAGCUACAAUAUACAACGUGGAGGGAUUACAGGAUACCCGGCCCCCAAAAUAGGCUGUUUUAGCCAAAGAAGAGGCCCUGCCAGGUCGCCCGUCUGAAUUUUAAAACUUCUCGUGUCGGUGCUUAUAAAUGCUUGUCGCUUAUUGUUGGCUUUGCCAUCAUUGUCGCAAUUUGGCCGAGGGAGGUUCUCUUUGUUGCGAUUUCAUUUUACGCGCUGUUGCAACUUUUUGGGCCAUGUUGCUUGUCGGAAUUUACCCUGGCAGGGCCUCAGAGAAUGGGAACGUCAGUUGACAAUGGGAAAGCGCAUGGAAAGGACUAAACCAGACUAAACCAGACUAAACACAACUUCUGGUGCCCAAUUUGCUGCUCUGUCAUUGGUCAACCCAAAUAUUUGAUUUAUGCGUGCCGUCCUCAACUGACAUUCCCGUUUUUCUGCUAAAUCAGCCUAAUAUCUUACUUGAAAAACUGCUCCCGUAGUUCCGCAGUCGUGUUCUAUUAUGCUGGGUCCACAGUCUCACAGCCUGGUGAUCAGGACGUUACAUGUUGAUAGAUCAUUGAUCAUCGGAAAGCUAGCUGAUAAGUCAAUAGUGCUUGAUUUUUGUCAAUAAUUGUUGAUUCAUUAGAUAAUGUUCUCAGGACAGGUAAUGAUUUUGAAAGACUUUUUGGAGAAUAUUUGUUGAGGAUUUACGGCCUUUACACAAACUUUACAUGAAUGCCGUUUAAGGAAAAGGAUUUGGAUGUGCCAAUUCUUCGAACACAUGGAUGCUACUCAUUUUCAAAUGAAAAUAAAAAACUGUUCAAACAAAUGUUGCAAAAGCUGAAGUAGACUUUUAAGAAAGUCCUUCAUCUGAUGUAAUAAUGGCACAAAAUUUUUGGAACUGAUGUUGCUAACUGAUGUUGGAAAUGUUGCUUCUGAUCCUUUUUAUCUGCCAAUAUAUAAAAAUCAAACUCUAUCACCAAUUUCAACAGAAAUCGAUAAUCACACAAAAUUUAUGAUUGACUGUUAAUUGAUUUCAGAUAUCUGUCGAUUGAUUAGUAUCAAAAUUAUCGACAUGCAACAUCCUGGUUAGUAGACAAAGAAUUAAAUCCAAGUCAGUAAAACGGGUGUUCCCGCAGCUCUGACGCCUGCAGUUGAUAUCAGGAUUUAUUAUGCAAAUUGGACCGUGGGAGCAGUUUUUUUAAGUCAGAUGUUUAGUGGGUCGGUUAUUCUUCAAACUAGCCUACAGAGUUACAUUAUUGCUGCCCUGGCUUAGCUGUGAAUGCAAACAAAGCCUGCAUGCUGGUCAUUCACUAUUUUGAGAUGAGACCUUAUUAUUAUAUUUUACUGCAAACAAGCUAAACAAGAGAGAUCCCAACUGAUGCCUUGGUAGGCAGUUAAAAGACACCCUGACUUCAUUCUUUUUCAGUAACCAUUGUUUGCUAUGUGAUGGACUUGUUGGAGGAACAGGAAACUGUAGGAAGUAUCAGCUCAGAUGCUUUUUCAGCUUCUUCAGAGAUCAGCCUUUCAAAAGAAACAGAUUCUCUCGUCGUGUGUCCAUCAGAUGAUGGUGCAGAUGCAGCCUCUGUUAAACAAGGUAAUGUUUAAAAUGUCUGAUUCAUAUUUCUGGUUGGAUAGCAUGAAGAGGCACUUCAUGAUAUUUCCACUUUAUGUGGAGUAAAAUCCCUAUUCACGAACACUGCAAAUGCGUGCCUCAUAAAUAAAAUGUAGGAAAUGAAUAUAAUGUCAUACCCAAGUCUCUAACAACACUUUGCACUAAAGAGCAUCUGGUGAAGAUCACAGACAGAGUAGAUGUUGUAACAAAUAACGUUACAUAAUUUAUAUGAAAAGAUUUCAACACUUGAGUGAUUUACCAGUAGAUCCACAUUUUGUGGCAAAUUAAACAAACAUCAGAUUCAAGUUCACAGUUUCUAAAAUUCAAAAGUGAGUUGAUAGUUUUAAUGGAUGAAUCAGUACUAGUCACAAAGUGUUUCCCAGCAAAUGUAUUGUAUUUUUGUAUUUUAGCAUCAGAGGUGUGUAAGGAUUGCUCUCCAUCUGUAGAACAGUCACUUCCUAAUGAAAUCAUGGCUGACAGUGCAGGCCAUGUUGGAAACCAAUGUGUUACAAUAGUCACAGAUGCCAUCCACUGUGGCUCACAAGUGUUAGAUGAUCAAAGAAUAAAGGAUGCAGAGCCAGAUGAUGGAGGUAUUUUACAUUGCCAUAUGUGGGAUAUUAAUUUGCCCUCAACUCAGUUUAAUAGAAAAGAAAGCACCAACCUCAGUAAAUUCUGUAACAUAUUGACCUUAGGACAGGGAGAGGUUUUGGGAGUCUAGUUUAGUCUAGUGCUAGGAUAGCAAAAUUCACCCUAACAAGGUCUGGUAUAGGCUCAGGGUUUCGGGGUCACACAGCUUCCCAAACGUCCCUAAAGUAUAGCUUACUGUGUUUUGUGGUGCACAUUGUAUUGACCUGUAUUAGACAAGAGAGCGCAAAUGAACGGUACUGCAAUACCAUGAUGGAUCUAACCAUUAGCCAAAAGGAUGAAAAUCCGUAUACCGUAGGACUAGAUGAUACCACAAUAACGCAUAUUGUAUUCAUAUUUACGAGACAGGUCUUAAUGUUAUUGAGUUUUUUUUUCAGGUUUGCUCUUUGUCCAAACUUCAAGUUGUCCUGAGGAUGGUCAGCAAAAUCACAUGCUUCUGUUGUCCAGGUCUCGUGACACUACAAAGUAAGUCCUACUAGAAACUUGAAGGGAUUGCUGUUGAGGGCAGUGUGCCCACCUAUUUUGGUCCAACGAGAAUAACAACUUAACUGCUCAUAAAAGUAGAGUAAAGUAAUCUCUCUAAGUUUUCUAGUUCUUCCACAAUAUUUAUUAGUAUUUCGCUAUAAUAUACACAUUUGCAACAUUAAAUUAAAAUAAUUUAUAAGAUGUUUAUAGGUUUGUGAUUUAUUGCAAUGGCUGAUCCAAGCUUCCAGUCAAGUUGACUAAUACAACAGUGGUUCAGUAUUUUCCUGCAGCACUUACCAUUAGCAAGAACUUGAUCAUGAAGAAGGUUCCACUAUUAAUCCAGUCUGUCCUGCCAGACCAGUCUAUUGCUAAACAGUGCACUCAGUACCCCUAUCCAAGAUUACAAUGAUAUUAAUGUCAGCAACAGGUUUUUGCAGAGAAAGUGAACUUGUCAUUUUUAUUAAGUGAAGAACACACUUUGAUUAGCCCUCAACAAAGAUUUUGGUUUUUGUUCACAGUUUUUCAUCAAAUCUAUGAAAGCUUUGAUGGAUUCCAUUUAAUACAGUGCAAUCCAAAACCAAGAUGUUUAAUUUGCACCAUAGGGGCUCAAUUUAGAAAAGUAUAAAACAAUAAUGUUGUAAUAGGAAAAAUUAAUUUAUUUAUAAUGCUGCAUCAUCCUAAUGGAAAUAUAUAUUUUUAUUCCCACUGACAGAAACCUUCCAAGGAUGUUUGAAUGUAAAUAUCCAGACUGUGGACGGACAUUCAGCACUGCAGGCCACCUCAGAUAUCACACACGCACACACACCGGAGAAAAGCCAUAUUCGUGCUCCCAUGAGGGCUGUGGAAGAAAUUUUACCUCAUCUGGCUAUUUGCGCUAUCACCAGUGUACACACAGCGGGAAGAGGACCUUCAAAUGUCAGCAUCCUGGCUGUGAUCGCGUGUUUGCUUGGCCAGCACAUAUGAAGUACCACAUGAAGACUCACACGGGGGACAGACCAUAUCACUGCUCAUUUGAAGGCUGCAACAAGAGCUUUUAUGUGCUACAGCGACUCAAUGUUCACAUGAGAGUACACACGGGUGAAAGACCUUAUACCUGUAAUGUGGAAAAUUGUAUGAAGUCAUUCACUACACAAGGAAAUUUGAAAAAUCACAUGAGAAUACAUACUGGUGAGUGUAGGGAUAAAAAAAACCAAUAAGCUUUAUUUACCUGAAAAUCAAUAUGUUUCAAAUGUAGAUCACCUACAUACAGCGAAGAGAGGAGAGGUAGGUGGUAUGAAGCUGUAUAACUUACACUUUUACAAUAAAGCACUUUUUGGCCAAACAGGCAGGACAUACAUUAGAGCGCAAGACAUGAUGUAACAGGGUUUUCUGCUCAAACCUAAUCUCUCUCACUUUCCAGACCUCGUGAUAGGGGCUAAGGGUGGGGUGCUCUUUAAAACAUUUUCUUGGCAGUGGGGAUUGGUUUUGUCCCAUACAUAUCUCUGUUACUAGCCUGUGAAGACAGCCAACAUUUUUCUACCCCACCACUGGCCUCCCAUGCAAUGACAUCUGACGAACAAGCACAAGAACAUUAUUACUUGUAUGGCAUUUGCUGUUUGAGACCAAGGCUAUGCAAGUAAAGUGGAUGAGGUUUGGAAAGAAGUAAAAUUUUGUAAAAUAUUUUGUUAGAAAUCUGAGGUACAAGAGUUACAAUAUUGAGCAGAAUAAAAUGGAACAGCAAACCCACAUCCCCUCAAAAUCAAGGAUUAAGCAACGCAAAAGCCAAAAUGUGCUAUUUUCCCAUCCUUGAUAUGGGGGAGAGGAGGGUACCCCCUGAAAACAAGGAUGAAGCCGUGCAAAAGCCAAAACGUCCCAUUUUCCAAUCCUUGAUUAGGGGUCCGGGGGUCCUAAAUUUUUCAUCUAUUUUGUCCAAGAUUGUACCUCGGCAUUGAACAGAAAUGUUGUUUGUUAGGUGAGAGACCCUACUCCUGCCCUGUGGAGGGGUGUGGUAGAACCUUUACAGAACACUCAAGUUUACGGAAGCACAAACUCAUACAUACUGGUGAGAAGCCUUACGUUUGUGAAAUCUGUGGAAAAACGUUUAGUCAGAGUGGAAGCAGAAAUGCUCAUCAGAAAAGGCACACAGACACCAGCAAAGAUAAGAAGAGAAAAACACCAAGCAAGAGUCUUCCUGCUUCAGUGAUUGUACAAGGAGAUGAUCAAGUUGAACAUCAAGGAGAUAUAAUGCCACAAAUUGAGAACAUUGAUGAAACAGGUAGAGUGUGUGAUACCGUCAGAGUAUUUGAACUGUAUUUUCUUUAGUGGUACCUACUGUACAGUCGAACCUCUCGGUACGGACACGUCUCUAAUACGGACGCCUCUCUAUUACGGAUAGUUUCCAGUGUCCCAACAAAAUUCUCAUAUAUUUUCUUUUUUCUUAUAUGGACUCUCUCUAAUACGGACAACGGACACUAAAUCUCGGCGCCAGAGAGGAAAUUUAUAUAAACUUAUCCUCUUUAUUACGGACACCGCGGUGAUCACGUGAAUUCCGAGUCCCGAUCAGGUGAAUCUGUAUUAAUCCCGUUGGUCUGGCUGAUGGGCUAUGCAAGGUGAUAAAACAGCCCAGUCGCUGUAUACCAAACAACGAUUUGCGAAAGGUGUACAGAGGAACAUAGCCGACUUUUUGAAGACUUCAAUAACUACAGAUGGCAUAAAGAUCUUUUAUAUUACAUUUUGUUCUCUAGCUACUUUUCAGUGCACUUCCAAAAUAGCGAAAGACGCUUUCAGAAUUGUACUUACGUUACAACUUUUUACAUGCAGCAUUGCGCUGCAGCUCGUUUCGUUUUAAAACAGUAAUUUGUCUGUAGCUGAGAUGUACAAUGUUGUAUGCUACUGAAAGACAGUGUCUUUGUACUGUAAAUUUAUAACUUAAAUGCAGUUUAAAGGCGAGUGUGAGCCUGGUUUUAGCUCCUGAACACUUAAAACUGUAAGUGAAGUCAAAAGUGACGUCAUCAUAGUGACCUCUUUUAUACGGACACCUCUCUAAUACGGACCCUUCGCUCUGUCCCUUCGGUGUCCGUUUUAGAGAGGUUCGACUGCACAUUUAUUGAUGACAAAAUUAUCAGUUGAAACACUUUGCCUUUCCCUUAAGGGGCUUUCUGGCGUUUUCAAAAGGGAAACAAUGAAGCUUUUCCUCAUGUGAAAUAGUGUCAUAUAGUAACAGUCGAUCUGUGCAAUCUUGUGCUCUUUGGACUGCGUGGUUUCUGGCAAAAGCGCCAAUGAAGAAGCCCUGCCAGAGGGGGUGGGGGGGGGGGGGGGGGGUUUGUUUUUAUUAUAAUAAUAUAUUAUUUUCUUUCGUUUUCUGUUGUUUGUGGUGGGAUUUUUAUAACAAAAAAGAAAAUUAAAUAUUUUUUUUUUGACAGAUUUUUGAUUGAAUUUUAAUUAUUUUUUUUUUGGGGUUUUGUUUGUUUUGGGGGUGGGGGGGGGGUGGGGGAGAGGGGGGGGGGGGGGGGGGGGGGGGGGGGGGGGGGGGGGGGGGGGGGGGGUCCCGUGUCGCCCGUCUGAAUUUUAAAACGUCUCGUGUCGGUGUUUAUAAAUGCUUGUCGCUUAUUGUCGGCUUUGCCGUCACUGUCGCAAUUUGGCCAAGGGAGGCUGUCUCUUGUCGCGAUUUUAUUUUACGCGCUGUCGCUACUUUUUGGGCCAUUUCGCUUGUCGGAAUUUACCCUGGCAGGGCCUCAAUGAACCGUACAUUCUUAAUAAAAGGGUCAAUAUUUGCACAAUGGUGGCUUUCAGAGGUGGCAAAUAUUAUUUUGUCUUUCUUAAAUUGUCAUUAAAGACAAUCAUUUUCCUGUUAAAGUAGGCCUGACCUCGCUCUCUGUUCUGUGGAAGGGUGCACUAACAAAUUAUUUAAAUAUUUCUUCCUAGGGGAAGAAGAUGAGCAGACAGUUUCUUCACAAGCGCUGGUGUACUCCCAGGCUGACCAUACCAUUGUCUCUCAGGCUACUGCAGAUCAAAUGGUGUUAGCUCAACCAAUAGUAGCCAAGGAGGUCUCCAUAGAAACCACACCAGUACAUACUAUGUCACUUCUGGUACACGCAACAGACGAGGCAAUGACAAACCAAGAGAACCUCGCUCAGGCAACGGCUGAUGUAGUGUCACUCGCAGAAACUGUGGUGGCACAACAGGCAGUUAUCCAUACCAUGUUGGACGGAGCGGCCAUCAUACCGACAAGCAGCCAAUCAGAGCUCUCUGUUGUAGAUCACGUGUUACAUCCAUCAAAUGUUGAGCAGAUGAUGCAGAGUGUCGUUAGUCAACAUAUUCUCAGUGGCCACAUUCAGCUUCCUAUGACCGAGGAGGACCUGGAGCCGGCGACCCAAGAAGAGGGUGGGGCAGGUGUACCUCAUUUGACAAUAGACUUAUCGGGGUUUAUCCAACAAACUGAGGAGCAAACAGCGCAAGAUAGCGAGGAAGAUGAAGAAACAUAACAUUAUUUUUCUAUUUAAGUCUUGUCCUUCUGGGUUGCUCGCGAGGCGAUGUAAAUGAACUUUCAAAGACACUAUUCACUACUAUUAGUAAAACGACUUCUUUAAUAGUUUUUGUAAAAACCAAUCUCUUAGGCUGACCGUCUUGCUAACAUCAAGAUGUGUACACUGGAAGUCACUAAAUAAAUUGAACAGUAUUACUCUGGCUGAAAAAAAGGAAUAAAUAUUUCCCCAGAUAUUCUACCCGUGGUCGUUCAAACUACCAAC